AUGGCCCUGCCAGGACCUGUCCCUGCUCUUUAUGGCCCUGCCAGGACCUGGGGGUGCUGCUCUCUAUGGCCCUGCCAGGACCUGGGGGUGCUGCUCUCUAUGGCCCUGCCAGGACCUGGGGGUGCUGCUCUCCAUGGCCCUGCCAGGACCUGUCCCUGCUCUCCAUGGCCCUGCCAGGACCUGUCCCUGCUCUCCAUGGCCCUGCCAGGACCUGGGGGUGCUGCUCUCUAUGGCCCUGCCAGGACCUGGGGGUGCUGCUCUCUAUGGCCCUGCCAGGACCUGGGGGUGCUGUUCUCUCUGGCCCUGCCAGGACCUGGGGGUGCUGCUCUCCAUGGUCCUGCCAGGACCUGUCCCUGCUCUUUAUGGCCCUGCCAGGACCUGGGGGUGCUGCUCUCUAUGGCCCUGCCAGGACCUGGGGGUGCUGCUCUCCAUGGCCCUGCCAGGACCUGGGGGUGCUGCUCUCUAUGGCCCUGCCAGGACCUGGGGGUGCUGCUCUCCAUGGCCCUGCCAGGACCUGUCCCUGCUCUCCAUGGCCCUGCCAGGACCUGGGGGUGCUGCUCUCCAUGGCCCUGCCAGGACCUGGGGGUGCUGCUCUCCAUGGCCCUGCCAGGACCUGUCCCUGCUCUCCAUGGCCCUGCCAGGACCUGUCCCUGCUCUCCAUGGCCCUGCCAGGACCUGGGGGUGCUGCUCUCUAUGGCCCUGCCAGGCCCUGUCCCUGCUCUCCAUGGCCCUGCCAGGACCUGUCCCUGCUCUCCAUGGCCCUGCCAGGACCUGUCCCUGCUCUCCAUGGCCCUGCCAGGCCCUGUCCCUGCUCUCUAUGGCCCUGCCAGGACCUGUCCUUGCUCUCCAUGGCCCUGCCAGGACCUGUCCCUGCUCUCCAUGGCCCUGCCAGGACCUGUCCCUGUCCCUGUCCCUGUCCCUGUCCCUGUCCCUGCCAGGCCCUUCCAGGACCUUCCAUGACCCUGCCAGGACCUGCCCCUCCCCCCAGUGAUUAAAAUUCUCAAUUUUCGCUUUUUUCUCAA